AUGGCAGCUCCAAAUACCAAACAUGCCCUAGUUCUGGGUGCAUCGGGCAUAUCAGGCUGGUCAUUCGUCAAUCAGCUGCUGCAGGGCUAUCCACGAGCCGGCACAUGGAGCCGUGUUACAGGAGUGACCAGGAAGCCGAUGAGCAGAGAAGAGGUCUCCUACUGGCCUCGGAGUCGUGAAUAUCCAGCUUUUAGCCUUAUAUCAGGUUUCGAUAUACAUAAUGACCAGGAGCAGAUACUGAAGGAAAAAUUUCGGAGAGAAGUGAUAGAUGUACACACUGUGACACAUCUUUAUUAUCUCGUACAAGAUCCUCCAUCUAAUAAUGAUAACGAUGAACCAUUUGCCGCAAGCCUCAAAUCCCUCCAGAAAACUGUGGUGGUGAUUGGAAGCCUUGCUCCUAAGCUCGAGUUUAUUCACCUUCAAUAUGGGACAUUUAUAUAUGGUGUAUGCUUCACUGAUGAGUUUUACCACGCUGCUCCUCUUGCGGAAACGUUGCCCCCAUUGCGAAAGUCACUACUUGAUAGGCUUCACUACCCAGUGUGGACGAAAUGGAUGCACGAAUAUUCAAUGGACAAGUCAUGGAAGUGGUGUGAAACAAGGCCUGAUGAAGUUAUAGGAUUUGUUCCAAGGAUGAAUUCGUAUAAUGCGGUCUACCCGAUCGCCAUGUUCUUAUCAUUGUAUAAAUUCAUCAACGGGAAAGGCGCGGUAUGCCCGUUUCCCGGCAGCCUCGGAACAUGGAAAGCGUUGUCAAGCGACGCUGGGGCGGAAAUGAUCGCGAAAGCUUCCAUUCACUUGUCCCUGCACCCUGACCCAAGGAUCAAAGGGGAAGGGUUCAAUGUAGCUUCUUCGCAGACACCGUGGAGCUGGGAGAUGAAAUGGCCACCUCUUUGCGAAUGGUUUGGGCUUAUCGCGGGGCCACCAGUGGAUAAUGAAAAAAGCAAAACGUCAUCACCAGGACCGGACGGAUAUAUUCAAUCCCAUGAGGUAGAAUAUAAGAGUAUGAUACAAGAGUAUGGUCUAAAGACGUGGAACAUUGCUUCCCCAUCUAUGGACGGUUCGGAGAACUGGGGCUUGACCAAAUUAAAUUUCGACCGGCACCUCGAUCUUCAGAAGUUGAGAUCCACGGGCUUUCUGGAAGAGGAGAGUCCACGAGAUACAUGGGUUAACGUCCUGGAAUUGAUGAGAGAGGCGAGGAUCAUCCCGUGA